AUGCACCAAGAUUACAACGCCUACACCUUCGACCCCAACUCCACUGACAGCUACAAAUACCCCUAUGAUUAUGGUUACCAGGAUGACUACGGUUACCUCGAUGACUAUGAGCAGGGACCAGGGGACCAGAACGAUGCACUUUGUGCCAUAGUGCCCAGUGAGGUCGCUCGGCCCGUGAGAGCAGCCCUUUACUGUGCUGUCAUGGUGGUGGGGGUCCCGGGAAACCUGGCCUUGCUGGGGGCCCUCUGGGAUCGGGGUCGUGGGGGGCCCCCGGGGGCCCCUCGCCGACGCUGGAGGAACAGUGAGAUUCUGGCGGCAAACCUGGCUGUGUCGGAUCUGCUCUUCCUGGGAUCUUUGCCGCUUUGGAUUGACAGCGAGGCCAAUGGAGGGGUGUGGAGAGCUGGGGCCAUGAGCUGCAAGGUGGCAGCAUACGUGACGGCCAUAACCAUUUACGUGGGAGUUUGGUCCAUCACUUUCAUGAGCAUCGACAGGUACUUAGCCUUGGUUCGAGCCAUGCUGUACAGGCGCCUGAGGAGAUGCCCCCUGGUGGCGGCCAGCUGUGCUCUCACCUGGAUGAGCUCCGCCCUGCUGGCCGUGCCGCUGCUCCGCUCGCGGGAGCUGUGGGAGGACGGGCCGGGCGGCGCCACCUACUGCACGGAGAGGGUGGGGCCAGGGGUGCAGUCAGCCAUGUUCACGCUGUGCCUCCUCCUCCUCACAUUCUUCCUGCCGCUGGGCAUCACCCUUUUCUGCUACGGCUCCCUCAUCCGGAUGCUGCACCUGCACUCCCGAGGCCCUGCCUUCAGCCCCGCCCCCCUGCGCCGCUCCAUGCGCGCUGUGCUCUGGCUCGUGGCCGUCUUCAUCCUGUCCUGGCUGCCCUUCAAUGCUUGCAAGCUCCUGGGGGCGGUGAGCCGCUGGCUGUCACCCGGGGAGACCUCCUGCAGCCUGCGGCGGGUCGUGGUGGGGUGCAUGGAAUGGACGGCCCCCCUGGCCUUCUCCAACAGCUGCGUGAACCCCCUGGUGUUCGGGACGGUGGGGCGCUCCCUGCUGCGCCGCGGCCUGUGGGCGCUCUGCCUCGGCCUCUGGAGGGAGGGCAGCUGGAGGCGGUCCGGGGGGGCUUCGGGGGCCAGUUCGCAGAUGAGCCCCAGCAGUUGUGAGAGGGGGGCUGAGAUGGAGAGGAAAGACAGGUGGGCGAGCGAGUAG